UGCUUCCAGGAUGUUAGUAGGGACGAGCACCCAAACAAAUGCAUGGAUAUAGACUUACUUCUGUUCCAGUUCCAGAGAAGAUGGUGGCCACUGUGCGCACCUUAUCCACCACAAGUCAAAAUGUUCAACCUAAUGAGCAACUGCUGCAGCUGGGUCUCCAAAAUACAGGAGCCAAUAAGGAAAGUGACCAUUCUCGUGGUUGGUCUUGACAAAGCUGGAAAAACCUCCUCCAUCAGAGGGAUGCUGAGAGUCCCCCAUGGUGUGGAGUCAGGGCCCACGCACGGCUGUGUAAGAAGCGAGCUGAGAGUUGAGAACUACCUGGUCACUCUGCUGGACGUCGGAGGUUCAGAGGAGUCGCGGGAAGCCUGGAGGGAGCUCUGCGGGGAGGUCCAUGGCAUCAUUUUUGUGGUGGACUCCAGUGACCGGCAGAGGAUGAGGGAGGUCAAAGAGGUUCUCUCUGACCUGCUGAAGCAACCGAGGGUGGCAGGAAAACCCAUAUUAGUGUUGGCAAACAAACAGGAUAAAAUGAAUGCUUUGGUGGGAAGUGAGUUGAUCGAGAUUCUGUCUUUGGAGAGGUUGGUCAACCAGAGCCGCUCUCUGUGCCAUAUUGAGCCUUGUUCAGCCUUAAUGGACCUGCGACGCUGGUCAGACCGAAAGACUCUGCGAGGCCUUCGCUGGCUGCUGCGCGCCGUCUGUCUGGACUACCCAGAGCUAUGUGCUCGCAUAGCCCACGAUAGCAGGAAGCCUCUGGAGCCGAGAGAAGGAGAGAGGAACGGGAAAACUGAGAGAGUACGCAGAAAACCCAGAGUUGAACGGACACGAUCCAGCAAGUCAGAUCUUCGCCAGGUUCGUCGGCCCCGAGAGAAAGAGAAAAAGACCAAGAGCGAAGGAAAGCUGCAACCCAUUCGGAACAUGCUGCAAAAGGAGGCCACUUUGAAAAAGAAGCUGGGGACAAAAAAGAAGAAGAAGAUUCCAGUCAAAGUGCAAGAAAGUGAAAAGGGUGAUGAGGAGGCUCGUGAAGCGGAAGAGGGAGACGAAGAGGAGGGCGACUGCAAUGAAGGAGAGCAGGAAAACGGACACCGAGACAAAGCCAGCAGUGCCCUGAUCCCUCCGAAAAAAGGCAAAGUGAAGCGCAAAACAAAGGUGAAGGAGGAGAGUCUGUGUGCGCCAGACUCACUCAACGGAGAUGAGAAGCUACCAAAAGUCAAAGGAGAAAAAAAGAAGAAAAAGAAAGUUGUAAAAGUUGUGAAAAGAAAGAAUAAGAUCAACACGGAGGAAACACCUGAAGCUUACUCACAACCUGUGGACCUCUCUGCAACCUUCGAUCUUUACCGAAAAGCAAUUCUGGCUCUGAAGGAACGUCAGGAUCAGGGACAGGGAGAGUGAGCCAUUGCUGUGUCCUGCCACCUGAUUGUGAGGAUGAGGUCCACACUAGUAGCAUGCAACACACUAUCACUUCAGAAAUAUAUAUAUAUAUUUUUACAGCAUAUUUCUAUAUCACCGUCUAUUGUGUAGACUACCCGACCCUUGAGCCUUUGGAGGGAAAGUAGAGUCUCCAGUGGGUAAUGACGGGAGGGUCUUCAUAUUCCUAUGCUAAUAAAAAGUUUAUAUUGCAUGUGCAAGUUUGGCCAAAGUUUUAAAGGGGAUUUUGUAAAAGUUUCUGUCAUGAUGAAUGUAAGGGAAACAGUAUUUUUAACUGUAUGUUUUGAAAUAUCUACACAUCCAUAAACACAUAUGUGUGUGUAUAUAUAUAUAAUUAUCUGAACAUUUUCAGCAAUGACUGUGGAAAGUAAUGCUCGUUUCUGGGGUGAUGAUCAGAUGUUUUAUAUGUGUCAAAAUAAGAAAUGGUGUCUCUCAUUUCACAAUACACUUUAUUACAACAGGAAUCUCUCCGAUAUCACAUUGUAUUUGUUCUCCAGGUUAGUCAAUCUUUUGUGCAUAGAAAUGUCCAAACAACCUAUGAUUACCAUAUCUGUGGAGUGUCCUCAAAAAAAGUCGGAAAGAUAUGAUGUCAACCAUGGCUUCAUCAGAAUAUAAUGUGUGUGAAACAGAACGAACCUUUAGGUCAGAGGUCAGUUUCCUGUUAGGGUAGUAGACCGAUCCUUCUAGGUCGGUGGUUUAAUGAGCUUCAGCAUCUAGGAGGAUCUCUGACUAUAGGAAACACAACUUUUUGGAUUUCAUAAAUGACCCGUUGUUUGUUUGUUUGUUUUCAUAUUAAAGACUUUUUCAGGUUACACCCGAGCCUCUAUUUCUUUUAUGAAGCAUUUGGAGAAAAACACAGAUGUAUGAAAUGGUGCCA